GUGGCAGCGGCGUUUAAGAGACCAGCGCUCUUCCAGGCUGCUCAGCCCUCAGCCCUGACGCUGGAGCCGGCCCCUCCGCUGAGCAAUCAUCUGGGGGGCUAAAUGUGACAAACCAAGAAGAUGGCCAAGAUCAACACCCAAUACUCCCACUCCUCCAGGACCCACCUCAGGGUAAAGCCCUCAGACCGAGAUCUCGACCGUGCUGAAAAUGGCCUCAGUAGAGCCCACUCGCCAGGCCAGGAGACAUCGUCAGCGCUGCAGCCGGGGAUCGCCAUGGAGACCAGAGGACUGGCUGAGCCCGGGCAGGGCUCCUUCACCGGCCAGGAGCUUGCCAGGCUCUCGCGCCUCAUCGUCUGGCUGCGCAGGUGGGCUGUCAGGCACGUGCACCACCAGGACCAGGGACCGCACCCUUUUCCUGAUGGUUCCCGUGGAGCUGAGCUUAAGGAGGUGUCCAGCCAAGAAAGCAAUACCCAGGCAAAUGUGGGCAGCCAGGAGCCAGCAGACAGAGGGAGAAGUGCCUGGCCCCUGGCCAAACGCAACACUAACACCAGCAACAACACGGAGGAGGAGAAGAAGACGAAGAAGAAGGAUGCGAUCGUGGUGGACCCCUCCAGCAACCUGUACUACCGCUGGCUGACUGCCAUUGCCCUGCCUGUCUUCUAUAACUGGUGUCUGCUUAUUUGCAGGGCCUGCUUCGAUGAGCUGCAGUCCGAGUACUUGAUGCUGUGGCUGCUCCUGGACUACUCAGCAGAUGUCCUGUAUGCCUUGGAUGUGCUUGUGCGAGCUCGGACAGGUUUUCUUGAGCAAGGCUUAAUGGUCAGUGAUACCAACAGGCUGUGGCAGCAUUACAAGACGACCAAGCAAUUCAAGCUGGAUGUGUUAUCCCUGGUCCCCACCGACCUGGCUUACUUAAAGGUGGGCAUGAACUACCCAGAACUGAGGUUCAACCGCCUACUGAAGUUUUCCCGGCUCUUUGAAUUCUUUGACCGCACAGAGACGAGGACCAACUACCCCAAUAUAUUCAGGAUUGGGAACUUGGUCUUGUACAUUCUCGUCAUCAUCCACUGGAAUGCCUGCAUCUACUUUGCUAUUUCCAAGUUCAUUGGUUUUGGGACAGACUCCUGGGUCUACCCAAACAUCUCAAUCCCAGAGCAUGGGCGCCUCUCCAGGAAGUACAUUUACAGCCUCUACUGGUCCACCUUGACCCUUACCACCAUCGGUGAGACCCCACCCCCUGUGAAAGACGAGGAGUAUCUCUUUGUGGUCAUAGACUUCUUGGUGGGUGUUCUGAUUUUUGCCACCAUUGUGGGCAAUGUGGGCUCCAUGAUCUCGAAUAUGAACGCCUCGCGGGCAGAGUUCCAGGCCAAGAUCGACUCCAUCAAGCAGUACAUGCAGUUCCGCAAGGUGACCAAGGACUUGGAGACACGAGUUAUCCGGUGGUUUGACUACCUGUGGGCCAACAAGAAGACGGUGGAUGAGAAGGAGGUGCUCAAGAGCCUCCCAGACAAGCUGAAGGCCGAGAUCGCCAUCAACGUGCACCUGGACACGCUGAAGAAGGUUCGCAUCUUCCAGGACUGUGAAGCGGGGCUGCUGGUGGAGCUGGUGCUAAAGCUGCGGCCCACUGUGUUCAGCCCUGGGGAUUAUAUCUGCAAGAAAGGAGAUAUUGGGAAGGAGAUGUACAUCAUCAAUGAGGGCAAGCUGGCCGUGGUGGCUGAUGAUGGGGUCACCCAGUUCGUGGUCCUCAGCGAUGGCAGCUACUUCGGGGAGAUCAGCAUCCUGAACAUCAAGGGGAGCAAAUCGGGGAACCGCAGGACGGCCAACAUCCGCAGCAUCGGCUACUCAGACCUGUUUUGCCUCUCCAAGGACGAUCUCAUGGAGGCCCUCACCGAGUACCCCGAAGCCAAGAAGGCUCUGGAGGAGAAAGGACGGCAGAUUCUGAUGAAGGACAACCUGAUUGAUGAGGAGCUGGCCAGGGCGGGGGCGGACCCCAAGGACCUUGAGGAGAAGGUGGAGCAGCUGGGGUCCUCCCUGGACACCCUGCAGACCAGGUUUGCACGCCUCCUGGCUGAGUACAACGCCACCCAGAUGAAGAUGAAGCAGCGUCUCAGCCAACUGGAGAGCCAGGUGAAGGGUGGUGGGGACAACCCCCUGGCUGAUGGGGAAGUUCCCGGGGAUGCUACAAAAACAGAGGACAAACAACAGUGAAAAUGCAGCCUCUGUCUCCUGCUUCACGGGGUCAACUGUCAGGGUGACGCUAUGUGGCCGCAGCUGUGUGGCAUGGAACUUGGUCAGGGUUUAAUUCCAGCUCUAUUCACCCUUUAAAAGCUGUGUGACUGCCCGAGAGAGCCUGUUUCUUCACCUAGAAAACGGGACAUUUGUCUCAGUCCCAGUGAAGUGCCAGGUUUGACUGUGAGGUCCGCAUGAAACACUGCACCAGGCAGGGCUUUGCAAAGCGCAAAGUAUCCCCGGUCCCAGUAUAUGGAAGUGUGCACACAGGACUCUCACUACUUUUUUAUGGAAUCUGCAAGGCGUUUUUAGGCUUUUUAAUCUAAUUUUCUUAUAAAUGAAAGAUUAUUUAGUCACCUUUCUCCUCCCCAACUUCACUCCACCACCACCUGAUAAUGGGUAUAUAACAGAAAGCUGAAGGUACAACGUAGUGACUCAAAUUCAGACUUACACAAG